AGUGUCCGUGGGAGUGGGAUAAUCUGACCUGCUGGCAGGCGGCCAGUGUCGGCGAGGUCGUGGAGGUCACCUGUCCCGAGCUCUUCGAGUUUAUGAGUCCAGAGGAUGGGCUCGGCAAGAUCAGCAGAAACUGUACAGAGUUCGGAUGGUCUGAACCGUAUCCACACUAUAUGGAUGCCUGUAUGAUUGUUGAAAACACAACCAAACCUGACAUGUACUAUGCGUCUGUGAAGGCUCUCUAUACGGUGGGCUACAGCACAUCUCUGGUGUCUCUGAUCGCAGCUAUGGUCAUUCUGUGCCGCUUCAGGAAGCUUCACUGCACCAGGAACUUCAUCCACAUGAACCUGUUUGUGUCCUUCAUCCUGAGAGCCAUCUCUGUGUUCAUCAAAGAUGGGGUCCUGUACGCAGAGGAGGACAGUGACCACUGCUUUGUUCAUACUGUGGGGUGCAAGGCGGUGAUGGUCUUCUUCCACUACUGUGUGAUGUCAAACUACUUCUGGCUCUUCAUCGAAGGUCUCUAUCUCUUCACGCUCCUGGUGGAAACCUUCUUUCCUGAGAGACGCUACUUCUACUGGUACACCAUCAUCGGCUGGGGAACGCCCACCAUUUGUGUGACCAUAUGGGCCGUUCUGCGCCUUCAUUUUGAUGAUUCAGGUUGCUGGGACAUGAAUGAUAACACUGCCCUCUGGUGGGUGAUCAAGGGACCUGUUGUGGCAUCAAUCAUGAUUAAUUUUGUCCUCUUCAUUGGAAUCAUCAUAAUCCUGGUGCAGAAGCUGCAGUCUCCAGACAUCGGCGGGAACGAGUCCAGCAUCUACCUCAGCUGUGCACAGAAAUGCUUCAGUGAGCCCACACAGGCCGUCCAGCAUUCGUGCAGGAUGUCAGAGCUUUCUACCAUCACGCUGCGUCUGGCGCGCUCCACCCUUCUCCUCAUCCCUCUGUUUGGAAUCCACUACACUGUUUUUGCUUUCUCCCCGGAGGAUUUCAGCAAGCGGGAGCGACUGGUCUUUGAGCUGGGCCUGGGCUCCUUCCAGGGGUUUGUGGUGGCCGUGCUCUACUGCUUUCUGAAUGGAGAGGUGCAGUCGGAGAUAAAGAGGAAAUGGAGGAGUUGGACGGUGAACAGGUACUUUGCUGUGGACCUGAAGCAGCAGCGUCACCCUUCGCUAGCGAGCAGUGGGGUGAACGGGGGGACGCAGCUGUCCAUCCUCAGCAAGAGCAGCUCACAGAUACGCAUGUCCAGCCCUCUGGCCGAGACGGUCAACCUCAACCUGCCCACCUGAGCGCCUGAUUGGCCUGUCCGUCCAUAAGCCCCGCCCUCCAACUCACCUUCUUCACCUGCAGUAGGGCCGACCAAUCACAAUUAGAGAAGAACUAGUGAUUAUUCAUGAAAUAUAUGGAUAGUAUUUAAAGAUUCCAAACAAGAUCUAGAAUGUCUCACCCAUUAUCGGUUAGAAACGAUUUGUCCAGGGAAAAAUAUAUAGUGCCAAAACUGUUGAUGAGCUUAAAAGUUGCUAUUCAGGUUAGGAACCAAAAGCAACUUUUUGAAGGCUUUCUAAUUAAUCUAAUGAGUAAACAACAAUACAAGCAUAAAAGAAUGUUAUUUGUAAUCAAUAAUAAUGCAGAACAGGGGCUGUAUGGUUCACACCGCAAUGCCAAAAUGAGACUGCGGUGAAAAUUUGAGUGAAAUUUCAUAUCGCAUUAUGAGCCAUAAAGAAUGUGAAUUGUUGGUGGUUAGAGUGUAGUCAGAGAAACAUCAAUCCAUUCAUUUCUGUCAAACCAACAGCACAUUGCUUUCUAGUUUUUUAUCAGAGAGAGACGGGUUACAUUUCAGUGUUAUGAGAAAAUAUAAUAACAUAAAGUGCCAAAACAUGAAUAUUUAGGUAUUGUUUUAUCUGCAAGCUACUGUGUUUAUCAGAAGUACACUAAAAAAGAAAAUGUACAGUUUUCGUGUUGCUCGUUUAAAUGCUGUGUUUUUGAUUUAAUGUUCUCCACAGAGAGAUUGUAAAACAUAUUUUUUUACAAUCAGCCGUAAGUACAGAGUAUGUCAACAAUAUAAAGACUUAUGAAUGACUCAUGAAUUUAGAUUGUGUAAAUGUUAUGUUAUGAGUUAUGAGGCCAGUGCUUUCUUACUGUCAUUGCGAAUGGUUUAUAACUACACAGAGCCAAUAUCAGCAAAUCAAGGACUGUCAAAAAACAGUUCUGUAAACAAUUACCAGUCCAGUGAAGCUAUUCCACAAUUCCCUCUGAUUUAUUUAAUCUGAAGUGCCUGAUGGUCACAAAAAAAGCUUUGAUGGAUUUACUGUAAACAACCAGUCCCAUGCAGUAUUGAUUUAAUUAUUACUCAUUUAGUAGUGUAGAUUCAGUCUCCAAGUUUGUGUUACAAUCUUUAAUUUCUACAUAGUAGGAAUAUAUUAAUGUAUACACAGUAUUAGAGUGCAUAUAGACAUUUCUAAAGCUUUGAAAUGCGCAAAUCAAUGCCAUUAUGUUACUAUCAGAUGCAUUAUAAAUGCAUUUAGGGCUGACAUGUUCAACUGUGGGAGACAAAAGAGACAUUUGAGUGAGAUGUGAAAGUGUUAAAGGGAGAUUUCACCAAAAAUGUUGAUUCUGUCAUCAUGUCCAACUUUUUACAUGCUUGUACUCUUACAAUGAAAACAUACAGAAUGUCAAGCUCCAAAAUGGCAAAAGGCAUCAUUUUAGUACCCGAAUUAUAUAUGAAGGACUUUAAUUAUGCUUUUUUGUCCUUAUUUAAAGCUGGACAACCUGUGCUCAAUAUAUUUUGUAUGAAAACAAGGAUGCAUAUGUAUGCCAUACAGGUUUAAAAAUGACACGAGGAUGAGUGAAAGAUGACAGAUUUUAAUUAAUUUUUGAGUGAACUUUUAAUACAUGAGAGACUGAUAACCCCAACCCUUUACAAGAACAAUAUCUGAUGUCAAUCAAGGAAUCCAACCAAAUUUACUGCAUCAUCACUGACUGACAAUCAGAAUGAGUCAUCAUCACUCACAUUUUUACGUUUGAUCGCGAUAAUAACGUGCAUCGGUGUACUAAGUGGCAGCAGUCUGUGCUAAAGGUGAUGUUUAUUUCAGUACAGUAUUAUUCUCUGCCGUGAUUGUAAAUUCUCUGUAUACGUUAAAGACGCACGUGCCAGUAAAUAAUGUACCAGCACUCUCUCUUUAGUCAACACUUGCGGUCUUAAGUACCAACGAUGUAUGUAAAACUUCUGUGAUUCUUAAACGUCUCAUUUUUUAAAUGCAGUAUGCUUUUUGUUGCAGCUCAUAGUUGUUGGUGAUUCACAUUGCGGAGUUGAGGUGGUUAUUGAAAUGUACAGUAAAGUGAUGGUCGCCUAGAUCACUGUAUACUUUUUUCCCCUUGGUUGUUAUUUUAAAGUUUUAAGUGUGUAAUUUGUGUGCUUUUAUCAUCAGCAAACGAAAUUGAACAAAUAAUGAUGGCAGGUUUCGAACGCUCCUCAUCUCUCAUUGGCAGGAUAAACAUAGCUCCGCCCCUUGCGAAAUAAUGACGUUAGUUGAGAAAGCUAGCGCUUUUCUUUUUUUCUUCUUUUUAAAAAAUUGUAUGUGUGAUGUAAAAUACGUUCUGUACUUAAUAAGCAGAGACAACUAUAAAAUCAUUU